AUGAUUCCAUACAUUGCCUAUAAGCACUAUCAAAAGAAGAAGCAACAAGCGGCUUCGAUGGCAGAAGCUUCGGCCAAUUCGAGUCUUAUCGACUUCACUGAUAGCAAUGGUAGCCUAACAUCAUCACCUCAAGUUUCGCUUCUUGAACUGAUUUGUCGACUACCACUGGAUGAAGUAACGAAGGUAUGUUUGGUCCAUAUUAGGGUUCAAUUACAGGAAGCGUUCUCGUUGAAAGGUGUCGCGGCAAAACGCAUACUCGAAGGUGAAGAAAGUGCAGAGGAGUGGUACGUGAAUGGCAAACUAUCGAUAAUUGAAAAGGCUCAUGGAAUAAUGAUUGAAUGGGAACCAGUCGAAGAGGAUGGUUGGGUGUUGACGAAUGGUGACGAUACAGCAGAUGCAACCCUAUCGACAUCACCGACUGUCACAGGUGAUGCGGCUGCAAGAACACCACCACGAAACAGCGUUGGUGGCACAAAACUCCAGUUCUCGGUUGAUAUUAAGGAUCUACGAUCGUUCCAAUGUGUGGAACCGAAAAAAGGUAAAGGAUGUGCAUGGAUUCGUUUCAUCAGCAAAGACGGUACCAACUAUAUACCGUUGUAUUUCCGUCAUGGAGGAAUUUCAUCGUUUGUGGAGCAUUUGCAAAGGUACGCAACAUUGAAACGUUCGGCACGUGAGUCGAAUCUCGUGCUGUUCACCGAUGAAAGAAUUGAAGCUCUCGAGCAAUCGGUUUCAAUUCUCAAUUUGAAUAGUGACUUCUUUUCGCGUAUGGUGGCAAAUCCAUAUGCAACGGCAAUGACUGGACUCGGGAAAGUUGCUUCAUUCGUACAAGAUCAGGUGAUUCCGUCACUGCUGGAAUCAGAUGAGGUAAGUGCAGAAGAACAAAUCAGGGCAAUGCGAGAACUGAGAGAAAGGGAUGAGAAGACUACGGAGGAUUUGAGGUUGCAUGAUGACGCUGGAUUCGAGCUGGUCACUCGGCUUGAGCUACCAGAGCGUCCGCACUUCAACAGAGAAGAACCAGUUUCGGAGGAAAUUUGGAACAGCUAUAAGAAUCCAGACGGUUCAUUCCGCGAUCUUCAUUCACUUAAACAACUCAUCUUCCGUGGUGGUUUGAAUUCAGCACUGAGAAAAGAGGCCUGGAAAUACCUACUGGGUGUUUACGAUUGGACGAAAUCAGAAGCUGAAAACGCGGCUGUAAGUUGUUCUCUUAGCUUUUCAAAAUGUUCUCUCUGGACGGCUUUGAGUUAA